GCAAAAAACGAGCAAUUAUUAUUCAGAAGUUGCUCUUCGUUUCAUUCGCUUAGCAGAAGCGCAGCUCUUUUCUUCGCAUAUGGUGUCUUUUACUUUGUAAUUGCAGCUGCUCCUCAUUCAUGAUGGCGGUCCGCACUUCUUUAAGUCUGCCAUGUCGCAUGAUCCCGAAUAAUAUAUCUCACAAUGUCCGCCCUGCCACGCAACUCGUUAAACGGCCGUUGAACGGACAUGGAUUUGCGACAGCCACUUCAGUACCUAAGAAGGGCUCCAAAGGGCCUACAGCCAUGGUACUAUUGAACAUGGGUGGUCCAUCAAAAGUCGCAGAGGUUGAAGAUUUCCUCAGUCGCCUAUUUGCCGAUGCCGAUCUGAUCCCUCUCGGUCCGCUUCAAAAAUAUCUAGGACCUCUCAUUGCUCGGCGACGCACACCCAAGAUCCAAAAACAGUAUUCCGAGAUUGGUGGAGGAUCGCCUAUUCGAAAAUGGUCAGAGUAUCAAUGUGCAGAAAUGUGCAAGAUUCUCGAUGAGAUAUCCCCGGAGACCGCGCCUCACAAGCCAUACGUCGCAUUCAGAUAUGCGGAUCCAUUGACAGAAAACAUGUAUAAACAACUACUCGAAGACGGGUUUGGAGGAGGAAAUGGUGGCCGAGCUGUCGCCUUCACUCAAUAUCCUCAGUAUUCGUGCUCUACCACAGGCAGUUCUCUUAAUGAGCUAUGGAAGUGGAGGAAUAGGUUAGAAGGGCCACGCUCAGGUCAAGACGGCGACGGUGCGAUUCAAUGGAGUGUCAUUGAUCGAUGGGCUACGCAUCCUGGAUUGGUAGAAGCAUUUGCGAAGAAUAUUGAGGACCAGCUAGCCACGUACCCAGAAGAGAAACGAUCUUCUGUGGUUAUUCUUUUCUCUGCUCAUAGUUUACCUAUGAGCGUCGUCAACCGAGGCGAUCCAUACACGGCGGAAGUUGCGACAACGGUCCACGCAGUUAUGCAGCGCCUGGGAUUCUCGAACCCUUACCGACUCUGCUGGCAGUCACAAGUUGGACCAUCGGCAUGGCAAGGAGCUCAAACCAGCCAUACUGUUGAGAACUACGUUAAAAAGGGCUUUACCGACAUGAUCCUUGUUCCUAUUGCGUUUACCAGCGACCACAUUGAAACUCUCUACGAACUAGACAAGGAAGUGAUAGGUGAAGCUGGCCACACUGGUAUCAAACGGGCAGAAAGUCUCAAUGGCAACCCGACUUUCAUUCGCGCCUUAGCCGAUAUCGCCAAGAAUCACUUGCAGUCCGGAGAAAAAUGCUCACGACAGAUGACGCUGCGCUGUCAAGGGUGUAAUAGUGAGCGGUGUUUGGAGCAGAAGAAAUUCUUUGCGGGGGAUGCUUUGAAAUCUCUUGUACGAUAGAUAGAUGUAUACAUAGAUUAGUCAAUAUCUUAUCACGAUGUAUUGGUAUUG